AACUUAUCCUUGUCCUCCAAAAUGACCAAAACUCUUCAUGGGACUUGGAAACUCAAGUCUGCUGAAGAAGGAGAAACAGCUGUUGCUGAGCAACAAGACUCUGUUUCUGUUCCUGUCUCUCCCUCUAACACUCUCAGAAUGUACUUCCAGGUCACUGACAAUCAAUCUUGAUUGUUUGAAGGCAGAUGGAAUGUUGAAUGAAGCUGAAAUUCCAAAGGUGAGUAAGGCAUUAGAGGGAGCCGAAGGCGUUUCCAACUUGAAGGUUCAAGUCCUUGAGGGUAUUGGUACUGUUGAGUUAACUAAACAGACGACGGUCCAAGCCACUGGAGUGGCAUCCAAUUUGGUGGAGCUCAUACAGGGUGCAUGAUUCAAGUUACAUACAUUGAAUUUGAGCUUCGAUGAUGAAGAAGACAUUCUUGCGUAGAUGUCGUAUUUAGAUUUUGAAAAACUUGUCGUUGAAGUUCUAUGGCUCCUU